AUGGCGGGCGCGGGCGCGCCGUGCAGCCUGAAGGACGAGCUGGUGUGCUCCAUCUGCCUGAGCCUCUACCAGGACCCGGUGAGCUUCGGCUGCGAGCACUACUUCUGCCGCCGCUGCAUCGGCGAGCACUGGAGCCGCCAGGAGGCGCAGGCGGCGCCGGCGCGCGACUGCCCCGAGUGCCGCCGCUGCUUCGCCGAGCCGGCGCUGGCGCCCAGCCUCAAGCUGGCCAACAUCGUGGAGCGCUACGCCGCCUUCCCGCUGGACGCCAUCCUGCGCAGCGCGCAGCACCGCGGCGCCUCGGCGGCCGCCUGCGCCAAGGAGCACGCCAAGGUCAAGCUCUUCUGCCUCUCGGACCGCGCCGUCGUCUGCUUCUUCUGCGACGAGCCCGCCGUGCACGAGCGGCACCAGGUCACCAGCCUGGACGACGCCUUCGACGAGCUGCAGCGGGAGCUGAAGGAGCAGCUGCAGACGCUGCAGGACAGUGAGCGCGGCCACCAGGAGGCGCUGGCCCUGCUGAAGCGCCAGCUGGCCGAGACGAAGUCCUCCGCGAAGAGCCUGCGCGCCACCAUCGGGGAGGCCUUUGAGCGGCUGCACCGGCUGCUGCGCGAGCGCCAGAAGGCCAUGCUGGAGGAGCUGGAGGCCGACACGGCCAGGACCCUGACGGACAUCGAGCAGAAGAUCCAGCGCUACAGCCAGCAGCUGCGCAAGGUCCAGGAGGGCAGCCAGAUCCUGCAGGAGCGGCUGGCCGAGGCGGACAAGCACAGCUUCCUGGCCGGCAUCAGCUCGCUCUCCGAGAGGCUGAAGGGAAAGAUCCAUGAGACCAACCUCACCUACGAGGACUUCCCCACCUCCAAGUACAUGGGGCCGCUGCAGUACACCAUCUGGAAGUCCCUCUUCCAGGACAUCCACCCAGUGCCGGCCACGCUCACCCUGGACCCGGCCACGGCCCACCAGCGCCUCAUCCUGUCGGACGACUGCACCAUCGUGGCGUACGGCAACCUGCACCCGCAGCCCCUCCAGGACUCGCCCAAGCGCUUCGACGUGGAGGUGUCCGUGCUGGGCGCGGAGGCCUUCGGGGGCGGCGUGCACUACUGGGAGGUGGUGGUCUCCGAGAAGACGCAGUGGAUGAUCGGGCUGGCCCACGAGGCCGUCUCCCGCAGGGGCAGCAUCCAGAUCCAGCCCAGCCGCGGCUUCUACUGCAUCGUCAUGCACGACGGCAGCCAGUACAGCGCCUGCACGGAGCCCUGGACGCGGCUGAACGUGAGGGGCAAGCUGGAGCGCGUGGGCGUCUUCCUGGACUACGACCGGGGGCUGCUCAUCUUCUACAACGCCGACGACAUGUCCUGGCUCUACACCUUCCGCGAGAAGUUCCCCGGCAAGCUCUGCUCCUACUUCAGCCCCGGGCAGAGCCACGCCAACGGCAAGAACGUGCAGCCCCUCCGGAUCAACACCAUCCGCAUCUGACACGGCCGCCCGGCGGAGGGCGGGAUCCGGGGCGACCCGAGAGCCUCCUGGCGGGGGAUGCGGGGGACCCUCUCCCGGGCCGUGGAGGCCGGGCGUUUGCCGAGCGUGCGGCUGGCCCGAAGGCCGCCAGCGGGGUGCGCGGGGAUCCCCGGCGGCCUGCCGGCGACAAAGGGCUUUUACGGAGAGCGGGACGGCAGGGCUGUCUGUGUGCAUGCGUGCCCCGAAAACCGUUCCGCUGCCCCCGGCUGGCAGGAGGAGGAAAGGGAUCUGGGGACACGGAGGAGGAGCUGCGGGGUGGUCCGGUUUCCCAGUACGUGGGCUGGGUGGGGGAGGGAGGGAGGCCUCAGAGCAAGCGGAGAAACCCACAAAAUAAAUGGCGACUGGGUCCUAUGUCUGA